CACCCUGGCUAGUAUGUGGCAAAGAAAUCGCAAUAAUGUAUGUGGCGACGAAAUAGUAAUGUCCUAGCAAAAUUGAUCAUCAGGCAUUUUCCUCCCUGGCCAGUAUGCGAAUUGAUCAUAAAACAACUUAGUUCCAUUGCUCCAAUUUCUCUAAUAAGACCUACUUGAAAUGCACCAUCUUCUACUACCUCCCUCUCUUCUUUGUGUCAUAGACCAAAGGCAUUGUUUGCGAGGAGAACAAUGAGCCGAAAUCUAAGCGAGUUGUUAGGUUGUUUGAGUCUUUUUAUUUCUGUAGCAGUAGCAGGGCCAGAAUGGAACAUUUUGAGUCACAGAACCAAAGAUGGACUGAGCAUCAGCUUGAGAAACUACUGCGAGAGUUGGAGGAUGAAUGUCGAGCUGCACAAUAUCAGAGAGUUCCAAGUCGUGCCUGAAGAAUGCGUCGGCUACAUUGGAAAAUAUGUUACUUCAACUCAGUACAAGGUGGACUCAGAGAGGGCAAUUAAGGAAGCUAUUGUGUAUCUGAGCACCAGCUGCAAUUUGGAGAAAGAUGGUAAAGAUGCAUGGAUUUUCGACAUCGACGAUACGCUCCUUUCCACUGUGCCUUACUACAAGAAGCAACAUUUUGGGGGUGAGAAGUUGAACCUGACUUCUCUGGAGGAAUGGAUGAGCCAGGGCAAGGCACCUGCUCUGGAAAACUCACUCAAACUCUUCAAUGAGAUGAAAGCCAGAGGGCUGCAGAUCAUUUUGGUUUCUUCAAGGAGGGAGCAUCUCAGAUCAGCCACAAUUGACAACCUUGUUAAUGUUGGCUACUAUGGAUGGACAAGUCUCAUAUUGAGGGGUCCUGAUGAUGAAUUGAUGGGGGUGCAAAAUUACAAGACUGAAGUGAGAAAACAGUUGAUUGGUGAAGGCUACAGCAUUUGGGGCAUUGUAGGAGAUCAAUAUAGCAGUAUUGAGGGGCUUCCAAGGGCCAAAAGAACAUUCAAACUUCCAAACCCAUUGUACUAUGUUUCUUGAACAAAACCCAAUAUUUUACUUUUCAUUCCUUUAUUUGAAAUUGUUCAUCCAAUUCAAUUGCCUUGAA